UCUAAAAAGCUUAAACGUUGUUCAAUUUAACUCUAAAGAUAUCAUGGCGAGUCUGUUUUAGCUGUGAUAUACCAGAAUUCGAUGGUUAAAAUAGAAAAAGAAUUUUUUGCAUUCAUAUCAAAUUACUACUAGGUUUUAUGUUAGAAAAGACUUCCGGAGGGAUAGGAAAUUUCAGGUGAAAUCAGGUGAAUAUUCAAGGAUAGCAUUUUGCUGGAAUAAGGUUUCAGUUAGCAUCAUUUUCAAAAUAGUGAGGACCAUUUCAGCUCCUUGUUGAGAAUAUCUUAAAGAUACUUACAAAAGAGUGCGGAAUAUUUUAGAACCUCAGCAAGUACACUUUUAUAAAAAAUGGCAGAAAACAGGGUUAUUCCUGAAAAUGGCGAAAAGUUUUACAGAAUGGGUAUGUCGGAUGAAGCCUUCACAAAAGCUGCGAAAGACAUGAUAGAGUACGUCAUCGGCUAUUACAAAAGUUUGGAUGGAAGACAAGCAUUUCCGUCUGUACAGCCAGGAUUUAUGAGAAAGUUAAUUCCCGAGAAUGCGCCACAACAUCCAGAAAAGUGGGAAGAUUUGUUUGCUGACCUUGACAAAGUCGUUAUGGAAGGGAUGACUCAUUGGCAAUCUUCGAGAUUUUUUGCCUACUUCCCAUGUGCAACGAGUUAUCCAGCAAUACUCGGAGAUAUUUUGUCUGAUGCUUGUGCAUGUAUUGGCUUUACGUGGGCAUCAAGUCCAUCGUGUACCGAAUUGGAAACUGUAGUGCUCGAUUGGCUGGGGAAAGCCAUUGGUUUGCCUGACUGUUUCAUACACAAAGGUGUUGGCCCAGGACUGGGGGUUGUCCAAGGUACCGCUAGCGAAGCAACCAUUAUGACAAUUCUGGCAGCAAGGACAAAAACACUGAAAAAAUUGGAAGCUAUAUAUCCUAACCUUUCACAACAUGAGCUUGCCUCAAAACUUGUUGCAUACACAUCAGAAUAUAGUCAUUCAUCGGUAGAAAGAGCAUGUCUCAUAGCAAUGGUGCAUUUACAUAAAGUGACUGUUGAUAAGGAUAUUGCAGUUAGAGGAGAAGCAUUAAAAAAGGCCAUGGAAAAAGACAAAGAUGAUGGAAGAAUACCAUUUUAUGUUUGUGCAACCCUUGGUACAACGGCCUGUUGUUCAUUUGACAAUCUUCAAGAAAUCGGAGAAGUUUGUAAUAAAGAGGAUGUAUGGCUUCAUGUUGAUGCAGCAUACGCCGGAUGCAGUUUCAUUUGUCCUGAAUUUCGACAUCGAAUGAAAGGAAUUGAGAUGGUUACCUCUUACAAUUUCAAUCCACACAAAUGGCUGAUGGUGAAUUUCGACUUCUCACCACUUUGGGUCAAAAAUAGUUUGGAUUUAAUCAAUUCAUUCAAACUCAAUCCAUUAUAUUUACGCCACGACGAGGAAAACGUUGCAAUUGACUACAGGCAUUGUCAAAUUCCUCUAGGCAGAAAAUUUCGUGCAUUGAAACUUUGGUUUGUUUUUCGACUUAUCGGUAUCGAAGGACUGAGACAUAAAAUCAGAGAAGACGUAGCGUUGGCGAAAAUGUUUGAAUCUUAUGUGUUAGAAGACAAAAGAUUUGAAAUUGUAUUUUCCGUUGAACUUGGACUGGUUUGUUUUCGACUCAAACUAUACAAAAAUGACAGAAAGAAAAACAGAGAUAUCAACGAUCGUCUCAUGAGACAGAUAAACGAUUCCAGAGAAAUUCAUUUCAUAUCGUCGGAAGUUGAAGGAAUCUAUUUUCUUCGUGUGUCAGUGGGAGUUAUAGCAUGUGACGAGAAUGCGGUGAAGAAUUGCUGGGAAGUAAUAAAAAGACAUACUAAUUCACUAUUCGAUCAAAUAGACCCCAGUAAUAACUAAGUAAAAUAAAAGAUUGAAGUUACUGAUAAUUACUUCAAAAUUUUGGACCAUCAACAAAGGAAAAAAUAAACAUAA